ACUGUGCGAUGGAGAAUUAUAUAUAUCCGGUCGCGCGACAUUAUUCGAUAUUAUAUAAAAACACUUCGGAAAUACCACAACCCCGGACCACAUCAGAACCAAAUUAAAUUUUAUAACUUCUCUCGAGCUCGGCUGUCUCGAUACAGAUGAUAUAUCUCGGAACAUAAACCAUUAAUUUUUCAUCGAAUUAUCGAAAACCUAUGAAUCAAUAUUUGGAGCUAAGAUACUUUGCAAGUUUGCAGAAUAAUUUUCUCCUUUUUGCGGAUUUCCUGCACACUUGCUUAGAAAUUUAGGUAUCCCGCGGAAGAAGAGCUGUUACUGUUACUUCGAUCAAGAAAUCUUAACUUUUUUUAUCUACUCUACUCAAGGCACUUUCCUUUUCACCAACUGAGGUGAAAACGUAUAUUUCCUUCACUUGUUUUCUCGACAACUUUUUAGAGAAUUUCAUUCCUGACGAUUAUGAAAAUGGGACCAAAUGCGGUGUUUUCCGUCACAUCUCUCUUAAUCACCCUAGUCAUAUCUAUCAACGCACAUCCUCAUCCUCCUUGCGAAUCGAUCACCGGAGGAGCAGAGAUCGUCGUCGAGUUCAACCCAGAGUCAUUCCUCAUCGUACCCGAGGGCGAUGAAUGCAUCGUCAAUGCCACCAUCUACGGCAUCAUCGGUAACAUCACGGUGUCGACGUCAAGCGGCGACUCGAGUUCGUUCGAGUCAUUCUUCAACGAAACGCAUAUCGCCGAUGCUUUCGAUGGCAAUACGACGGUGACGAUCCCUAUUCAAGGUCGGAAGCUCAGCGUCAGUACUCUCAUUGUGAACAUCACGCAUGUUUACCAAGUCCUUGACGAUCACCUCUCUCCGAUCGAGACUGCCGACGACGAUUCCAGCGGUGAUGGCAGGUAUGGUAGGGAAGCACCCGUUCAGGAGUUUGUAGAAACAAUCUCGUUUACCUACUCGAUCAAGGUCUCCAGACGACGAAACCUUUUGGAGUUAGUCUUUACCUACAGUCUUUUAUUUUGGCUUGUAAUCUCCUACAUCACAAUGGGUUCAAAGAUGGAUAUCGUCGUGAUUUGGAAAAAACUCCGAAGACCAUACGGUGUCCUGACAGGUAUUGCCUGCCAGUUUAUCAUAAUGCCUUUGAUCGCCUUCGCUCUUGCAAACUCUCCAGGGAUCACUCCUGAAGCGGCGGUAGGUCUUCUAGUCAUCGGCUCCUGUCCCGGUGGUUGGAUCAGCAAUAUAUUCUCGCUCCUCAUGGACGUCGAUUUCGUCUUGAGUUUGACGAUGACGUUCUGUUCGAGCUUCAUGGCCUUGGGGAUGAUGCCGCUCAACAUGUUAAUCUAUGGCUCAUCGAUUACAGGGGAUAAUUCAUCAGGUUUACAGACACCUUACAAGGAUAUAGCCACUCAAUUGGGUCUCAUGCUCAUACCCGUGGGACUAGGCAUGUUCAUUUCACACAAGAGCGAAAAGAUUGCUAAGAUUUUCCUGAAGUGCUUGAAGCCAAUGUCCUGUGGAUUGAUAGUCAUUGCCCUCGCCAUCGGUAUCCCCUCUCAAGUCUAUGUCUUUGACGCUCCCUGGAGGAUCUACCUCAUCUGCUUUGCUCUUCCUUUCUGCGGGGGUUUUCUCGGCUUCAUCAUCUCUAAGAUCUUCCGACGAACCACCAAAGAAGCCUUCACAAUCUCGUUUGAGACAGGCGUCCAGAACAGUCUUCUGGCUACCACAGUGGCUAAGCUCUCCUACCCGAUCCCCGAGGCUGACCUGAUCGCCCGUAUCCCAUUCCUAGUGGCCAUGCUGCAGUUGUUCCAAGGUACUGUUAUGAUCCUGACCUACAUUAUAGUCCGACGAGUGCUCAUUCGUCUUGGGAAGAUAGCCAGACCGGAUACUGGUGACUACCAGCAGUGCGAUAUUGAAGCGAAAGACAGCGAUGUCCAGAAUGAAGAUGGAGACGAAAAGGGUGACGACCUCCAUAACGAGGAGAGGGAAGUACUCAAAAGACAGGACGUUGAAGACGACGUUGAAUUGAGAAUGGAGUCUAGUGAAAGGAACGGGUAUGUUAAGAUGAGAAAUGAGGAACUGGAGGAGGAGAAUGACGUCGACCAUCAAUGCGACAUCGCAACAAAGGCUCUGCCAGACAGCGGUGAUGAUGUCGAGGUGGGUGACGAUAAAUUGAUACAAGAUGCUGAAGCUAAAGCUAAAGAAGAGGAAAGACCAAAGGAAAUUGAGAAUCAUUCGAACAAAAAUGUGAAUAACAACAGCGAGGUGCCGAAAAUUGACUCAACUCAGCCAAGUACUAAUGAUGUGUCAAACUGUCUUGAGGAGAAAAAUGACGUCGUAACUGAGAAAUCAGAUGCCCUGGCAGAACGGGAAAGUAGCAUAUGAAGAAUAGUUCGUUUUCUUGCCAUGUCUAACUAUCUAAGUAAUAGACUGCGGAUUAUCUGUUAAUGUAUCAAUACAUGUAUGAUACGUCUUUUUAAGCGAUUCCAUUCUCCUUUUGGUUGAUGUUCGUUAUUCCGAAGGAUCGAUUUUCCGAAUGUUCGUUAUUCCGAAGGUUCCUUAUUCCGAUACACGCAAAUUAUACACCAAGAUGUUCGUUAUUUCGAAAUUAAACAUUUUAAAGGGGUUCGUCAACCAGAACAUUUCUGGCAAUAUUCCGAUGGUUCUUUAUUCCGAAGGUUUGUUAAUCCGAAAAGAAAACAGGGUUUGUUAAUCCGAAGAUUUGAUAUUCCGAAAAUAAAAUAAAGUUAGUAAGUGCAUGCGAAAUGAUUAAUAGAUAUAUCUGUGGGCAUUACUUAGUAAUAAACCUAUUUUGGUUCCGAAUGAAGAAAACUUAGGAACAACGAACCAUAUUUUCAGAAUAACAAACCUUCUGAAUAACGAAACUUGUGAUUAAUGAACCUCUGAAGUAUUCAAAACUUCAAGUUAAUGAACUUUCAUUGGCAUUAUUAUAGAAAGGUUGUCAUGGUUACUUGACAUUUUGUUACGAUUCAUACUUCACACGGCAUUGAAUUUUCAAUGAACAAUGAGCAUUCUUUUUUAUUUGACAUCAUCUUUUAGAUGAAAAUAUGAAAACGUUUUGUAAUUAGCUGAUAAAUUAUGUAAAUUCUCGAGAAGAUGGAAACCACAAAGCUCCAUCUACGUUGGGUUUUUUUAACAACAAUAAUAAUAAUUAUGAUAAAACUUAAAUAAAAAUGAGUACAAUGAAAUACAGAAGAUGGUUUACAAUGCUAUACAGUCAUGCCGAUACAUACUCCAGACCGAUCGAAGCUAUUUCGUCAGUUCGAAUGACAUCGGUCGGUUUGGAGUCUGUUUACUUGGUAAGACUGUCGCCUAAUAUGGCCAGAAUUCUCGAAAGUGAGUUAUCUUGACCCAUUGGCUAAAACGCGUCAUUAUAACGUCAUUGGCCCACGGAGGCUAAAUUUUGCAUGAGCCCGUGGGCGAAAUCGCGUCAUUUGACGUCACGAAUUUAGUUAUAGUUAGCCCAUGGGCCAAAUUUAGCUAAGUUAGCCAACCUUUGAGAAUUCGGGCCAUAGUGACUAUGAAAAACGGUUCCAUGACAUUUGCUCCGGCGACAAUUGAUCCGCUGUAAGUUCCGCACACUAACCAAAUUCAACCCUGGAUAUAACAAAAUGCCCUAUCCUAAACAUCACCCUACACCUAACCUAAAACCCUAUUGCAAGUCUACAACCCUAACCCUUAUCUUAAAGCCCGGGUCAAUCGUCGCCGGAGCAGAUGUCAUGUCACCAGGAAAAACACUUUAUCGUAUUCAUGAAUGUCGUCUUCAUCUUUCAUCGUCGUCAUCAUUAUCGUCUUCCUUGUCGACUUACUUUUGCCAUGACUAUAUUCUGACAAAGCACUGUAUAAAGGAAUGUAAAUUUAAUGUAAAUAACCAUUCAAUGUAUUCUAACAUCUUAUUGUUCGUACAAUUAUGAUAGUCGUUGAUUGUUACCAUUAUUCCAUAAUGACUCGCGUGAUUGAUUUGGUGUAUUUCAUGUAAUUUCGUAUUUUGUGACCGUCAUCUAUCUUAGUACAUAUUUAUCUUCAAUGUUGGCUACUUUUUGAUGUACACGUUAAUGAUGUUAUAAUAAGAUUUUACUUGUAAAUAGGCCUCUGUGAUUAACUUUAGUUGGAAAUUUAUUCUCCAAUACAACACCCAACUUCGGGGGGGGGGGGUAGGCCUAAUGAACAGAUAAGCUAUUAUAA